AUGAGCGUUUCGAAAAAUUCGACACCUGCUGAAGGUGAUCGGGCAUCUCCAACUACAGUGCAAGAAGUACCAUCAUCAUUGCCAACUACUCAGUCACCAAUAUUGUUCCCGAACAAGCCUAGUGAGCCUACUUUUCAGAUGAAACUUGAUCCAGAAAAUAAAUUAAUUUUUAAAAGUGAUAAAUUAAACGAAAAUUCAACAGCGGUAAUUGACGUGAAAUUAACGAACAUAACGAAUGUUCGGCAGACUUUUAAGGUGAAAUGCACAUCGACUGAAAUUUUUCGAGUUCGGCCACCACUUGGUUAUUGUGAUGUGAAUGAAACAAUCAAAAUUGUGAUAACAGCUAAGAAUAAAGCUAUUCCAGAAAAUGGGAAGCAUUUCUUCGCUUUCUACCACAUGAAAAGUGAAGCGAAGGAAAUACCAGCCCGUCAAAUUUGGAAAAAAUCUGAAUCGAAAUUUGAAGGUGUGCAUAGAGUUCCAGUUUUUUUCCAGACGGCAGAUGAAAAGUCAGCAGUUGCGGAGGCGACACCAGCAUCAACUCUACAAGAUGAUUCGAAAACGCCAGAAGCAACUCUACAAGAUGGUUCGAAAACGCCAGAAGCAGCAUCAUCAACUAAGCCCGUAUCAACAAAUGAGGAUGCAGCUCCCUUAGAUACUAAAUAG